AUGGAAGUUUACAUCGAUGAUAUGCUCGUGAAGUCACUCAUCGCUUCCGAUCACGUCGGCCAUCUUCGCACAUGUUUUGAUAUCUUGGAUCAGUACGGUAUGAAGCUUAAUCCAACUAAGUGUACGUUCGGCGUGACAUCUGGAGAGUGCACAUGUUUUGAGGCAUUGAAGCUAAUCCAAAGCAGAUCGCCGCUAUUCUUGAGCUCCCGUCACCGACAACCAAACGUGAAGUUCAGCGACUUACCGGACGUAUCGCAGCACUUAAUCGAUUCAUAUCCAGAUCGACGGAUAAGUGCUUGCCUUUCUACCAACUUCUUCGCGGUAACAAGCAUCUCGAAUGGAAUGAGAAAUCGCAGCGAGCAGAAGCCAAUUUUCUACACAAACAAAUCCCUCGAUGGAUCGGAGUAUCGUUAUCCGACUUUGGAGAAAUUCGCCUUUGCCGUGGUCAUUUCUGCACGGAAGCUACGCCCGUACUUCCAGUCUCACGCGAUCGUGGUCCUAACCGAUCACCCUCUUCGUACUUUCCUCCAUAGCCCAAGUCAGUCCGGACGACACGCUAAGUGGGCUAUCGAACUCAGUGAAUAUGACAUCGAAUACCGAGGCAGAACGGCAACGAAGUCUCAAGUCCUAGCAGAUUUCUUGGUCGAACUCCCACCGGAGCUCGUCGAAUAUAAUCUGGUCGUACAACCCUGGAUUCUUCACGCUGAUGGUUCAUCAUCCCAUAAAGGAUUCGGAGUCAGAAUUCGUCUCAAAUCACCCGAAGGAGAAGUUAUCGAGCAGUCAUUUCGACUCGGCUUCCCGGCAUCCAACAACGAAGCCGAGUACGAAGCAUUGAUCGCCGGAUUACGACUCGCCAAAGGCAUCGGCGCCGAGCACGUACACGCCUACUGCGACUCCCAACUCGUGGCUAACCAUUUUCACGGCGAAUACGAGGCCAAGAACGACCGCAUGGACGCAUAUCUCAAAGUUCUUAAGGAUAUUGCUUUGGAGCUCUCUACCUUCGAGCUUACGAAGAUACCUCGAGACGAGAAUGCAACCGCUGACGCCUUGGCCGCUCUCGCGACUAAUUCCGAUCCUGAUCUUCGGCGAACUAUCCCAAUUGCAGCAAUCGAGCGACCAAGUAUCGAGCACGCUCCGAACUGCAACAUCAUUACGAGACGACGCGAUUACGAAGCCCAACCCAACCUUGCUCCGCCCCUCACCCGAAAGACGAAACCUAAAGAGGUCAUCCCCGAUCAUAACGACGACACGGACGAGCUCAAUGACAACAAAUCCGAGCCUGAGGACGAAUCCGAAGGCCAGCAUGUCCCAAUCGAUAUCGAAGCCGAAGGAGAGGACGAACCCGAAGAUUGGACCUUAGAAAUUGUGGGAUACAUUGGAGAUGGAACAGUCCCCGCAGAUAAAUGGGCAGCUCGACGCCUAAAGGCUCGUGCAGCUCGAUACGUGGUCAUUACGGGUACUCUCCUCAGAUGGGAUGCGUCCGGAGUACUCUUGACAUGCGUUUUACGGCAAUGA